AUGGUUCAACGUAUGCACGAUAUGCCUGAUAUGCCUGCACCAAUCAAAAAGAGUGUAGCUAGUUGUUUCGCUGAAUCUCUAUUUGUUGACGAAAUUGCCCUGAUAGAAAUGCCCAAAAAGUUUAGCUUCCCUAACAUGAAGGUUUAUGAUGGAACAAUUGAUUCAGACGAUCAUAUAGCUCAAUACAGACAGAGAAUAUUUACCGCUGUUAUACCAAGAGACAUUCGCAAGGCCUAUAUGUUUCAACCAAGAGAAAGUUUCAUUCCUAGCUACAACCAACAAACUACUAUUUCUGCUUUUCGAAAGGGGCUCCUCCAAGAUAUUGAUAUGUACAAGAAAUUGACCAAGCAUCCUUGCUUUACAAUGGAAAAUGUCUUGGCUAAAGCUUGGGCCCAGAUUAAAUGA